GUGCUUCACUGUCACUGUGACGCAGGCGCGUACUGUUUCUACGGCGGGCCACAAGUGACCAAGAUCGUUGCAAGCGAACGCGGAGACUUUCCUCGCACAAGCUUCUUCUUCACCUUAAUGGAGCUUUUCUGAUCUGCCAAGAAUGGAGAAAGAUUCUAAUCUAGGAGACCAGACCUCAUUAACCGAAAUGCCCAUUACUGCAGAAAAAGAGGUUGCAGAAAGUAACAUUGGUGUCAGUUCCCUAUCACAGCCUGAAAGAAAAGCAGAAUGCAUAACUAGUAAAAGGCCUGUACCAGAAUCUCCAGAUAACCGGGAAGAUGAUGCUAGUCCUGGAGAGGCAAAAAGGUUAAAAUGUGACACUACAGAGCCCAACAUUGAUGGCAAAUGGACCAGUUAUCCCAGUCAGAUCGAUGCAAGUGUCAAACAGAGUGAAAUGACAGUAGACAAUGACAACUUCAAAAAUAUGGACGCUUGCAUGGCACCAACAAAUACUAUCAAUUCAGAAAAUAUGAGUGAUAAUGAGGAAGAAAAACAAUUAAAUGAUGUUGAACACAGUAUUGUAACAUUUACCACGAGAAGUGACUUGAAUAGCCAAGUUGCAGAAGACCUUCCACCUAGUAAUCGUUGUAUAGGUAGCCCGAUUAAAGGAAAUGAUGAUGUCAGCCUUACUUCAGAACAGAAUUUACCUUUGCCAGACACGGUAAACCAGUUAGAAAAGCCAUACGAAAUAUUUUUCUGCGAACCAUGUGGCUUUCAAUGUUUAAAAGAAAAUCUUUUCAAAGCCCAUUGUAAUCAGGAAACCCAUCUUCACACUGUCAUGGAAAGUCCAAGCCUAGAUAAGACUUUAAUGAAAAAACAGUUCUCAAAGAAAAGACUUUCACAGGGAAAGAAGCAGAAGAAAAACAAAGUUAAGGUAGAAAAGGGUGAUGCAAUUGCUCCAAAUUCAGGACGUUUCAAAUGUGCUACUGAUAGCCUGGUUGAAAAGGGUAUUUCCUCAGACGUAGACUGUGGAAGUUAUGUGGUAUGCGAACCUGCAACUUCAGCCGAGAUAAAAGAUUCAUCUUCUGAAGCUGUUACCUUAAUCGCCUCUGCAGAAAACCGUUCUGAAAGAAAUCCAAAAGGCCCAGUUAAAAAGUUCAAACAAUUAAAAACGCCAAAAAACUCCCUAGCUAACCCUGAAAAGAAGACUUUAAAGAUUACUUCAAAAGCAAUCCUCAAUAUAAUUGCUAGAAGGGCAUGGUAUAAAAGAGAAUGUGAAAAAACUCGUUUGUUUAGGAGGAAUCGAGGGUUUGGGCAUGUUAAGAAGCACUUCCAGUUGAUUAAUAUUACUAAAAAAGGCCGAGCUAAAGUUCACACUGGACUAAAUGCUGAAUCAAAUCUAAAGCCUUUGUGUGCUAAACUAGAACUAGCAGAACCAUUGCCAACUAAAUGCAAUGAUUGUGUGGAUAUAGCUAAGGACAACAAGGACACAGAAGGAGUAUGCAAUAGUAUUGAAGAAGAACUGGUUUAUGAGAACAGCAAAAACAUUGAAGUGCGUUUUUAUUGCCAACCAUGUGGAUACUUGUGUGUGACCAAAGAUGACUUUGAAAAGCAUUACCAAAUUGAAAUACAUCAGACAGCCAAGGCUGACUUAAAGUGUCACAUUUGUCAAUUAGUAAUGCUAGAUGAAUUAGCAUUUAAAACUCACAUAGAGACUCAACACCACAUGCCCCUUCAUUGUUUUGUCUGCAAUAGUUACUUUAUAGAACAUGAAGAUCUCUUGUACCAUAAAACAUCAGAUUACCACAUACUGAAAUGGAAACAAAACGAAAAUGCUUCUGACACAGAAACAUUGGCCUUGCAGCCUUAUGAUGUAAACGACCCUUCGCUUGAAAAUAUAGGAAGUAUAGAAAUAAGUCUAAUGAAAGAAGAGCCGGUACAAACUGUGGUAAUCCCCAUAAAAGAAACCACACUGAGUGAAGAACCUCCAUGUGACAUAAAAAAGUCUCGGUUUCAUUGUAAAAAGUGCUUUUAUAAGACAAGAUCCUCUACUGUCCUUACAAGGCACAUUAAACUACGCCAUGCCCGUGAUUAUCACUUUUUAUGCAAGGCCUGUAAUAUUUACUCAAUGUGCAAAGAGGGCAUGGAAAAGCACAUAAAAAGGAGCAAACAUAUUCAAAAUGCUAAGAAGAACAACAUUGGAUUACUUUUUGAGGAAUGCAUUGAAAGGGUUUGGUUUUCUGGUGCUGUAGAACCUGGUGCUUCCCAUGAAGCUAAAAUUGAAAAAGAAGUUCCUCUUAAACCACAUCCUGGUUCCCAGGACAAACUGCCAUCCACUGCCGAAUCAGUGUGCUGUACUCCAGCCACAGGUGAACUAGAUUCUGCCUUAGAAAAUGCGCCCAAGAGAGGAAGACCAAAAGGAAAUAUCUCUAGAAUGUGUACCUAUUGUGGACUUCUGGCUUCUAGCGUUACGAACUUAACAGUACAUAUUAGACGGAAGCAUAGUCACCAAUACAACUAUUGGUGCAAAGUGUGCAAUUAUUACACUGUAACUAAAGGCGAUAUGGAACGUCAUUGUACAACUAAAAAACACGAGAGUCGUGUAUCUGAAGAGCAAAACGAGCAACAUGAAUCUAUAAUUGUUGUUAUAUCCGACGGGACUAAUUUUGAAGCUGUUGCCAAGAAAAAGGGGCGCUCAGGCCCUCAAGAUAAUGAAUCUUCCAAUUCAACAUCUGCCACAAAUAUUUUGGAUAACUCUCACAUAUCACUGGAGGUAUCUCCAAAUCCUCAUAAUGGUAGCAAUGCUCAAACGGACAAUGACUCUCAAGAAAAAGCCAUGGAAAUAGAUGUUAUUUGUGAUGGCGACAUCCUUCAGAAAAGAGCAGUUGAAAAUGGCGGUAAUAAAUGCAAACACUGUGAUUUUGUAUCACAUUCUACAUCUUCUUUAGAAGUGCAUGUCAAGAGGAAACACACUAAAGAGUUUGAAUAUUACUGUAUGGCGUGCGAAUACUAUGCUGUAACAUUCAGGGAGAUGACAAGGCAUGUGGCCACUGAAAAGCAUAAAGUCAAAUUCCAUAAUUACCAAUCAAAUUCUUCGAUGGUGGACCAAAACGUUGACAAGGUUCAGAAUUUGGCAGAUAUUGAUCCCAAACAAAUCAUUCAAGAAAAAACAAAUGAAUUUUUAGAAGAACUGAAAGGAAAUCCAGAUUCCAAUACACAGAAUAGCUUAAGUCAUUGUCUGGAAGACCAAGAAAGUGGCGAUGCAGUGUUGGAUGCUUCCAAGGCAUCUUCAACUGCCAGUGUUCAAGCUGAAGAAAGCGAAACAUUGGGUUGUGGAGAGGAAAAUAACAAUCAUGAAAAAGCUCAAGAAAUCAUCCUGAACCAGAUGAGUGACAGAAAUGGGGAUUGUAAUGUUACAAGUCAUCAAGAGCAACACAAAAGCCAGACUGUUUGUCCAAUCCAAAUGAAUGACAAAGUACAAAUUAAAGCUAUAGAUUACAAGGAAAAACCUGAGGAAUUGGAACCUGAACAGCAGAACCCUUCAGAUAAAUCUGAUCCAGCAGACAAUGAACAAAUGGAGAGACCAUUGUGCCCUCAAGAUAAUGGUGAAAUAAUUCCUUAUGAAGCCGUGGAUGAGAGAGAAGCUUGUUUAGCAAAUAGUAACUGGGAGACAGAUGAUGCAUCGGUUGAUGUUGCUUCUGAAGGAAGAAAUAUUGUUGAAAUAUGUGACAAAAUUCAAAAUGGAAACCAGUUUGAUUCCUCAAUUGUAAAACUAAAAAAUGAUGUUAUUCAGUUGACCGCUAGUUCUGUUGGUCAAGUAGGAAGUACAACAAAAGUCAAUGAUCUAGAAAUCAAACCUGGUAGAAGAAAGAAACAUGAUGGGAACCCCCAAGGCGAGACAAAUCGCAUACGAUGUGAUGACUGUGGCUUCAUGGCGGAUGGUCUCAGCGGGUUGAAUGUGCACAUUGCAAUGAAGCACCCGACAAAAGAGAAACACUUUCAUUGCUUGCUAUGCGGCAAAUCUUUUUUUACCGAAAGCAAUCUUCAUCAACACUUGUCUAGUGUUGGCCACAUAAGAAACGAACAAGCCAGUUUUGAAGAACUUCCUGAAGGAGGAGCCACUUUCAAAUGUGUGAAAUGCACAGAGCAUUUUGAUUCGGAGCAGAGUUUAUUUCUUCACAUUAAAGAACAGCAUGAAGAAUUGCUGAGGGAAGUCAACAAAUAUAUUGAAGAAGACACUGAGCAAAUUAACAGAGAAAGAGAAGAAAACCAAGGAAACAUCUGCAAGUACUGUGGCAAGAUAUGUAAAAGCAGCAAUUCCAUGGCCUUCUUGGCCCAUAUUCGCACUCAUACAGGAUCAAAACCCUUUAAGUGCAAGAUAUGCCACUUUGCCGCCGCUCAGCUUGGAGAUGCCAGGUACCACGUUAAGAGACAUCUUGGGAUGCGAGAAUACAAGUGUCACGUCUGUGGGAUGGCAUUUGUUAUGAAGAAGCAUUUAAACACGCAUUUACUAGGAAAACAUGGAAUUGGAACGCCAAAGGAAAGGAAAUUCUCAUGCAAUCUCUGCGACAGAAGUUUCAGAGAGAGGUGGGCUCUAAACAACCACAUGAAACUACACACAGGAGAAAAGCCAUUUAAAUGUACUUGGCCAACAUGCCAUUAUUCUUUUCUCACUGCAUCCGCCAUGAAAGAUCAUUACCGGACUCACACAGGCGAGAAGUCAUUCUUGUGUGACCUUUGUGGCUUCGCUGGUGGGACUCGCCACGCCCUUACCAAGCACCGGAGACAACACACAGGCGAGAAACCCUUCAAAUGUGAUGAGUGCGACUUUGCUUCCACAACUCAGUCCCAUCUCACAAGACACAAACGAGUCCAUACCGGUGAGAAACCUUACAGGUGCCCUUGGUGUGAAUACAGAUCAAAUUGUGCUGAAAAUGUCCGGAAACACAUUUUGCACACCGGCAAGCACGAAGGAGUUAAAAUGUACAACUGUCCAAAAUGUGAUUAUGCAACUAAUGCCCCAGUGGAAUUUCGCAACCAUCUCAAGGAGCAGCACUUGGACAUUGAGAACCCUGACUUGGCAUACCUUCACGCGGGUAUUGUCUCCAAAUCAUUUGAAUGCCGACUGAAAGGGCAAGGUGCAAACUUUGUGGAGAGUAAUAGCCCUUUUACUGCAGCAACAACACCAGAGCCAUCUAUGAUUACAGAGAAGAUAGUUAGGAGCAGCAGAAAACCUCAGUCAACUGAACAGGUCCAGCAGGUCAUUAUUAUUCAAGGAUUUUCCAAUGAGUAUGAUGGUGACUUCACAAUUGAUACUUCUGUUGAAGAGACUGCAGCAGCUACUCUUCAGACAUUGGCCAUGGCUGGUCAAGUGGCAAGAGUUGUUCACAUCACUGAAGAUGGCCAGGUAAUAGCUACAGAUCAAGCCACACACAUUUCAGGUAGUAUACUUAGUGAACAGUUACCAGAAGGCGCUACCCAGGUUGUGGUCGUUGAAGGUCCAGUCGGAGAAGCAGAUAUUGAAGAGUCUGUCUCAAUAGAAACAGUUACAGACUCCAGUGGACAUGUGGUGCAGCAAGUUAUGGCACAAGGUAUUUUAGACACAACGCAGGUGGUACACACAGCUGACCCCUCCUCAGCUCUUGAUGCACUGCUUUGUGCUGUAACAGAACUAGGGAAUGUGGAAGAUGUAAGCAAUCAAAGUAACGGAACAGGGAGAACCAUUGAAGAGGCUGUGGUGAUCAGUAAUCAGGAAUGCAGUGGAUCAGAGGAAAUACAGAUGUACCACGAGAUCCAUGAAGGCCAGUCAAGUAUGCAUCCAGUAGGGGUAGUCAGACAAGUCAUGCACUCUUCAAGUAUACUCAGUGCCCAAGAGUCAGCACAAGUGGCAUACAAGAAGAUGGUUCAGGGGGUACUCCAGUUUGCAGUAUGUGACUCGGAGGCAGCUGACCAGCUGAUGAAAGAUGGUGUUACUCAAGUAAUUGUAAAUGAUGAAGGGACUGUGCACAUGGUCUCUAGUGAAGGCCCUCGCAUAAUCAUGCAUAAUACAGAGAGUCAUACACUCGCUCUUCCUGAGGAACACAUGGAUAUUGUGGAGUCUAAUGAUGAGAUUUCACAGAUAAUUGUCACUGAAGAGCUAGCCCAAGCCAUGGUCCAGAAUGCCAAUGGCAGCUUCUCAGAUGGCCCAACACAUUAUAUUGUAACUGAGUUACCUCAUGGAGAUAAAGAUACCAACAUUUACUCACACACCCUCAUAGAGACUGGAGAAUCUGAAAGGAUACUGCAUGCAGAAACACCUAUGGAUACAGACUUUCCUUCUGAAGAAACAACCCAAGAAGUAACAAGCAUGGUGGUCUAUACAUAGGACUUUACAUACAGCUUGGCCAAAUAAAAAAAAAAGAGAUUAAAAUGGCCAUUAAAACCAUAAUCCCCUUAAACACUGGCUUGGCAUGUUUGCCAAUGAGCUUUAUAUAUUUUGUAGAUUUUUUAACAGCCAGUAAAUCGAAUUACAAAAGAAAAAAGUGUGUAUCAUUGUGUGUAUGUAUAUAAUGCACACACACAUAUUUAUUGUAUUUUGGAAUAUAGAAAAGAGACAGAACUAAGAGUAAGUUAUACUAUAUAUAAAAUACACACACACUUUUAUAUCUGUUUCCUUUCGUAUUGAUAUGUAUAAACAUAUGCAUCCAGUUAAGUGAACUUUUCAAUUGAAAGAGAUCCCUAGCUAAUUUUCCACAGUUAAUCCUGAAGUAGUCGCAUUGUUAAGCAGUGUUGUAUCACUGCCAGGGUUUGCUUUGCACUAUGCGACAUCAUUCUUUAAAUAACCUCAUAACUGAAUUUUUUUUUAGUGCGUUAGGAACAUUUUGCCAUCUUAAUAAUAAAAAUGGAAAGUAGUGGCUUGUUUCCCUAAUCCUUACUUGAUCAUCCAACACCAAAUGCAUCAUAUCAGUCAACAAGAACCACUAAUGUUUAGACUUUGUCAGGCUAAAACUGACAGAUCCAUCAACAUGACAUAUUCAUUAAAAAGCUAACCAGGUAAUCAUCCUUCAGGACUGGGAUUUAUUUGCACUGUUCUUUUAAUUCUCAUAAUUUGUAAAUUUAAACCGAGAGAGAUAAUUAAUUCAUGUUAAAA